UGGAAUUCUCGAGUGUAAUUGGUCAAGUUAUUGGCCACUCGAGUCUUUAUCGGUUGAUGCAUGGUCCGGCAAGAAAAGAAUUGUCAAAAGCAGUCAAAAGUUUUAAACCGUAAAUGUGUUCUUAUAGCUUGUUUAGAUUUUGGAUUUCCGAAAAAUAUUGAAUGAGACAAACGUGAAAUGGCAACAGAAAAAGAUUUGAUAAAUGCUGUACGAGAAUCCCUAAAGACCGAUGGAAAUCUUGAUCGAAUGAAAGCAGAAAUGCGUACAGAAGUAAUAAAAUUGCUCGAUUAUUCUAGCAAGGAAAACAAAUCAAAUACUAUCAAACCUUCACACGAUAUUGUUUUUCUCAAUGAACUUGUCCGAGAAUAUCUGGAUUGGAUGGGUUAUAAAUACAGCUCCACUGUAUUUAUCGCAGAAUGCGAUCUUCCGAAACAUUGCUUGGAUCGUAAACUUCUGGCACAAGGUUUAGGAGUAAAAGAUAGCGGAAAGAGCAAAAAUUUACCGCUGUUGUGUGGUCUUGUACAAACAUUUACCAAUUUAAAAAAUACCUAAUUAUAAGAUCUACACGAGCAUGUAUUCAAUUGCGAUUUUUAAUUACUAUUUAUUCAUUUCCUAUAUAUUUAUAUGUUACAAAUCUCACACUUAUUUUAUAUGUACAAACAUAAAAACAUGCACAAGCUUAGAUAUAUACAGAUUAUAUUUAUUACAAUAAAUAAUAAAAACCAAACACAGUACUUAAAUCCCAUCUGUAACACAUGGUAACUCUUUGUUAAUAAUAACAAAGCUGUAUUACAUAAUGUAACAUAUAGCACGAUGAACGCGGUCAUCUUUUUUUUUAUUUCUAUAUGUUCAUGUGAGACACAAGAAUAUGUUAAAAGAAUUUUAUCAUUUUAUUUUUCGUGAUUUUUCUUACAUAUUGACAUUAAAUUAUGAAAGUACAAUAUAAUGGUGAAAGAGGGAGGGAAAGAAAUAUAUAUGUAUAUAGAUAGUAGAGAUCUUAAAAUUGCUCUUUUAUAUUCAUUAUAUAAUUGUAAGUUGUUUAAAGACUUACCGCUUCUUGACAAAAUUGCCACAAAAUUAUAUCGGCUACAAUGUAUACAUGGCUUAUUAUAAUAAACUUACAUAGCAGUAAUUAUUUUUAAUAUAUCAAGUCGGAACAUGACAAUUAUGCAAAGGCUAUAUCAUGUUAUUCUUUUCCUCUUUUUUUUUACGUUAGAACAGUUUAACUAUUGUAGGUAUUCUCAAUUUCCAGCUUUUGCUUUUUUCUACUCGUUAAAUCACGUUAAUUUGUUUUGCCUGUUCAAUGUUUACCUUUUACCAUUUGUACCAAUAAAUCAUUCAAUAGUAUUCUACUGCUAAA